CAAUGAGAAGCCCUUAUGACCCUAUCAAAGUGUGCCACUUGCCAUCAUUUUCCACAAAAUUGCGAAUCACACUCACAAAACACAACACAAAGUUUACACCAACUACCCUUUUUUCCUUUUCCGUUUUCUUCUCAAAUUGUUCCCAUUUUCACUUUGAUUCACCCCACCAAUCAUGUUUUUCUUUCUGCACUUUCCAACCCCGAUAUCAUAGCCUCUCUCUCUUGUUUGAGAUCCUCUUCCCUUUUUCCAUUUUCAGGUUUUGGUUUGAAUGGGGAUUCAAACGAUGGGUUCUCAAGGUAAUGGGCAACAGUCUCAUUUACAGCCUUCUUCUUUGUCUAGGCAAGGUUCAUGGUAUAGUCUCACUCUUGAUGAGGUUAAUAGUCAAUUAGGAGAUAUGGGGAAGCCAUUGGGGAGUAUGAACCUUGAUGAGCUUCUUCAAAAUGUGUGGACUGCUGAAGCAAGCAAGUCUGUGAUUGGCAGUGUGGAAAGCGAGAACAUGUCGUCGUCGUCUUCCCUUCAACGGCAGGCCAGCCUUACGUUGGCCCGCGCGUUGAGUGGGAAGACGGUGGACGAUGUGUGGAGGGAAAUUCAGCAAGGACAGAAGAAAAGGUAUGGAGAGGAUGUGAAAAGUCAGGAUAGAGAAAUGACUCUUGGUGAAACCACCUUAGAGGAUUUCUUGGUGCAAGCAGGGCUUUUUGCUGAAGCUUCUAUCAGUCCAGCUGCAGGGUUGGACACAAUGGAUUCCCCUGUGCCUCAAGGUUUUCAACAGAAAAUAGGCCUGUCAUCCUCCCCUUCAAUUGGCAGUUUAUCCGACUCGAGACCGGGCCGGAAAAGGGAUGCUCCUGAUGCAUAUGAGAAAACUCUGGAAAGGAGAUUGAGAAGGAAAAUCAAGAACAGGGAAUCUGCUGCCCGGUCCCGAGCUCGAAAACAGGCUUACCAUAAUGAACUGGUCAACAAGGUUUCCCGUUUAGAAGAAGAAAAUGUAAAGCUCAAGAAAGAGAAGGAGUUUGAAGAAAAGUUACCGCCCGAUACAUUGCCUGAACAAAAAUAUCAGCUUAGAAGAAUAAAUUCUGCCUCAUUCUGAUUCUGACACAUGACCUGUGAUGAAGUUUUCUUGUUCACCGUGUUCUUGAUUUAUUGGGGACAUGUCCAGAAUUGCAUCAUCACUGCAUUGCUCACUGCUACUGCAACUGGUGUUGUAUUGAUCAGGUAGGAGAGUUUGUUCUAUAUUUACAAUUAACUAACUAAAGGGUACAUAUUGCUGCAAAGGUUUGAUGUUCAUAAGCUUUAGCUUUGCUUGGAAACAGUAUCAGGAAAUAUGAGUCAGGUGGAAGGGUUGCCUUUUUGUAUAAUGAAUUAUCUGUGUGUACUGAGGCUCCUAUUAGGCAGUAAGUUAUUGCAUGGUGACUACCAGAAAAGCUGAAACUAGGUAAGGUAGGUCUUGUUUGCAUUUCUGAAAUGCAAUAUUGUAUUAAACUAAAUUAAUAUAUGUUGGUACGU